UGUCAACAACCAGAGCAGGAUUAAACGAAAGAAAGAGACGGAUAGAGAUAGACAGAGCUAGACUAAAAGAAAGAGUUUCAGAAGGAAACGGUGAAGGUGAAAGACGCGAUCAGGGCUAUAGGGUGUUAAUGUUGUUGCCAUGGAGAACUUUUUCCAGGAUAAGGACCUCUGGAUUGUGGGCAGUGUGUGUUUAGUCGCAUCAAUUCUAUGGAGGCCAUUUUGGAAUUUAUUUACACACAAGAGAAAAAGAGAAGUUUCACCUGAAAGUCCAUGUUUUGAGUUACAGCUGAAAGAUAAGGAUGGAAAGGAAACAUCUAAAGUGUACCCGAAGGGGUUAAAAACCCAGAAUAAAAAAAAAACACAUGAUGCAACAGACCUGGUCCAGGCUGAUUUAGAAGAGGUGCAGAAGCUGAAUGAACAGAACACUCAGAUAUCUCAAUGCACAGCAACAGCAACAUCCAGCACAUCAGCGUCUCUGAGUGUUUUUGAAGAAGAGCAGGAAACAGAGCAAUGUAGGGAAGAAAAGGAUGACUCACAAUCAACAGCAGUGGAGGAAGAGCCAAGAAAAGAAAAACAUGUAGCUGAAUUGUUGCAGGUAAAAGAAGAUGAACCACCAGAAGAGAAAACACAAGAUCUAACAGAGAUCCUGCAAAAUUCAUUCAGCCAGAAUGAUGACAGAAUUACAGUUACAGAGGACAGAUCUGUGGAGCAUGAGGAAAUUCCUUUAAGCCCUAAGAGGCAUGUGAGUGAUGAGAAUCUGGAGUCAGAUGAACUUAAAAAAAGUAGAGUGGAGGAGGCGUCCGAGGAGUUACAGAUCCUGAAGGCAUUAGAUGCAGAUGGUGAAGCUGCAGAGGCGGGACCAGAGAGAACAGAGGAGGCAACAGCGGCCGAGAGACAAGAUGGAGAGCCAGUAACUGACGAGUAUGUCAUUGAUGCAUCCUCUCCUCCACCUGCUCCUUUUGAGCAUCGUCUGGUCACAACCAAAACCCACCAGAUCACCAGCUACUACACUAUCAAUAAAGAAGAAGUUCUUGGAGGUGGGCGCUUCGGUGUGGUACACAAAUGUGCUGAGAAAUCUUCUGGGCUCAUAUUAGCAGCUAAGAUCAUCAAAGCUAGAAGUCAAAAGGAGAAGGAGGUGGUGAAGAGUGAAAUUGAAGUAAUGAACCAGCUGAACCACUCCAAUCUAAUUCAACUCUACGCCGCCUUCGAAUCUCGCCACGAAAUUGUUCUAGUGAUGGAAUAUGUUGAUGGUGGAGAGCUGUUUGACCGAAUCAUAGAUGAGAACUAUAAACUGACAGAGCUCGACACAGUGCUGUUCAUCAGACAGAUCACUGAAGGCCUCCAAUAUAUGCACAAGAUGUACAUAUUGCACCUUGAUUUAAAGCCUGAGAAUAUUCUUUGUAUCAGUCGACAAACAAACAAGGUCAAGAUAAUCGACUUUGGGCUUGCAAGGAGAUAUAAACCCAGGGAAAAGCUGAGGGUUAACUUUGGUACACCUGAGUUUCUUGCUCCUGAAGUCAUCAACUAUGAAUUUGUCUCAUUCCCAACAGAUAUGUGGAGUUUAGGUGUUAUCACUUAUAUGCUGCUCAGUGGACUGUCUCCGUUCCUGGGUGAGGAUGAUAAUGAGACUUUAAAUAACAUUCUGGCCUGCCAGUGGAGUUUUGAAGAGGCGGAGUUUGUCGAUAUCUCUGAGGAGGCCAAAGACUUCAUCUCGCGCCUCCUCUUGAAAAGCAAGAGCUGGAGAAUGAGUGCGUCACAGUCUUUGAAACACCCGUGGCUUUCAGACCGAGAGCUUCACUACCGUCUUCACAAAAAGAAAAAUAAGUGUCACUCCUCACAUGCACCUCCCCUAGAGGAUUAGACACAGGAGUGUUCAAAAACUCUGGUCGUUCCAUGGCAACAAACUGGACCAAUAAUGCUGUUCCUGAACAGCUACAUCUGUUACAUACUUUGCUUUGUAAGGACUAUUUCCUGAUUACCUCAACACAACAGCUCAGUGCUUAAACCACUUUCAACACAUUAAAUAUGCCAACCAGCUAUCGUACAAGAAUAUUUCACCAUUUUAUAAAAUGGCAAUCCGUGGCAAAUCACAAAAUGGUCUUGGUCUUGUGGUGUAGACCCGUUCAGGUGGACGAUAUGCCAAUUGGAGAUUUUGGGGGAUCAUUUGCUUACUUUUCUUGGGCUUUUUAUAGUAAUAUACAGGAAUAUGUGCAUUUUGUAAUUAACCAUCGACUAGAGAAAAUACUUAACUAUGGCUAAAAGGGCCCCCAAAAAAAUGCUGGUUCAAGCUCUACGCACAAAUGUAUUUAGUCGUCAUCCUAUGAGUCUUAUAAUGGUAAUAUUCUGUACUUCAUUGGUUUCGGUUUCAUUGACUACAGGAAACUUUCUGUACAAAGAAACUGUAUUGUAUUUUAGACUUGAAACUUUUGCACCCUUAAAGGAGUAGUUCACCUCAAAAUUUGCCCUCAUUGACUUUCUAUAGUACAAACAAAAUUUCUAUGGAAGUGAAUGGGGGCACAUUUUGAAGUGAACUCCUUUAACAUCCCAAUCCUGCGAAUGGUCUUGGAGUUUUGAAUGUUAUGUCUUUUAAGACAGUUAUUAGGAGGUUUAAAACUUAAAUGUCACAGAAUCUUGGAGUCUUGUUUGCUUGCAUGUAACUACUUUUACCUGACACUCACCUGCAUGCAACCAUGCAGCAACCUCAAGUGCAAUUGAUGCUUUUAUUUUAUAUGUUCCGAAUCCAAUGAGCUCUGAUUUUAGACCUUUUUUAGACAUUAUUGUCUUUUUAUUUCUAAGCUUGAAAUUUGAGAAGGGACACUGUUUUUUUUAGGCAACAUUAUGCCGUUGCUUGCUCUCUCUUGGCAGACAUCUCACCUUCCAUGAAGGCCAAUGAAAAACACUACAAUUAUAUAUACUAUAUAUACUCAGUCUAAAGUUUACUUGAAAUGCUUUCAAAACAGCGCAGGGGGUGAUGGAUGGUUGGGUGUGGGGUGGGCGGGUGAGGAAGAGAAAUGUACAGGUUUGGCUUACAAAUUAGUGUUUUCGAAAUACUCUAGGAAGAGAAUGCUGAUGAAUCUGGAUUUUUAUGUCACAUAACUAAGAGAAAAUCUUUAUUUAUCUUUGAUGUGUUUGAUUUUAAUUUCUGAUUGGAAAUAGCAACUGUAUGAUGAAUGGUUUUGUCUGUAUCUUUGUUAGACCUGAAUUGAGGAAUGAAAAGAUAAUGACUCAUAAACAGAAAAAUAAAACAAAUAGUUGUUUAAAUGCCUAAAGGUAAAUGUUGCAACCAGCAUUUAAAAGAUGUGUCUUGUGAUGUAGGUGCCUUGGAACUUAUAGGUUAUAAUUAAUAAAAAAAUAUAAUCAUGAAAAUAUAAUAUUACAAAAAAUAUAUGAAAAUAAAAAGUUAAACAUUU